UGAUUGCUAGUACAAUUGUACUAAAUAUAGUACAUUCUAAGUACACUUAGUACGCUAGUACUCCUUUAACAAAUCUAGUACGCUUUGGGAUCAAAUAAUUUUACAGUUAGGGGUGCAAACAAAUACACUAAUUUUAGAAUCGCCUGAAGCAUUUUAUUGCACUAAGAACAACAGAAGGUCCUCCUUUCACCGUUCACGUCAAAAUUUAUGAUACCUAUUAAUAUUAUACAGUCUACAGACCUGUUUACUUCUUUGCCAUGACUCAUCAGUUAAUUCUUAUCUCUAUAAUGAGAAAAACAGAGUACGACACUAUCUCGCUGUCCGCAAUACUUACCUUGCGCUUUUCUACACCCAGACCGCUUAUUAGAUUGCCGCGAAUCGCAACCCGUUUGAACCAGUCAGUGUUUUCAAAUUUGUUUAUUAUUAAGUUUCUUAUUUAUUUUCGUACCUACUUACGGAAGUGGGCGCAGCACGCAGUUGGUUAGAUUUUUGUUUGAAAUGGACAAGUUUGUGGUAAAAAAUAAAAGAAACAGAGAUUCAUCUGUGUCAAAUGAGCCGCCUAGUGCUGGUAACGGUAACACUGCACCUGUAGCUUCCACAUCUACGUCCCGUGAUAGAGAUCCUGGUGAUGUGGAUGUCAUAUCAGAGUCAGAAACAAUCGAGGAAACAAUAGUUAAUGAAGACCAUCACAGACAAAAGAAAAAAAGUUACAAGCAGAAGUUCCGAUCAGAGUGGUUGAAAGAAUUUUUGUGGCUCGAGCUUAAGGAUGGCAAGAAUUACUGUAAAGUUUGUGCCAUGCAUAUUAAUGGAAAUGUUUGUCAUCUUAGGCGUCACGAGACAAGUACAUCACAUGUAACGAAAUAUAAGGCUGCAAAGAAGACUCCGCAAAUUACAUCAUUAUUAAUACCAAAUGAAGAUGAGGUUCACUUGAGCAAAAAAAUAUCUUAUGCAGAAGUAAAACUGUGUGCUUACAUUGCCGAGCACAAUUUACCCUUAUCGUUAAUGGAUACUUUGCCUCAAUUAUGCCAAGAUAUUUUUCCGGAUUCUACAAUUGCCAAAUCAUUAAAAAUUAAAAGGAAUAAAUGUACGGAAAUAAUUGUAAAGAAAAUUGCUCCAUUGCUUAGACAAGACCUCAUCAAUGAUUUAAAAACAAGAAAGUUUUCCAUAAUCAUCGACGAAUCCACAGAUGUGUCGACAAAAAAAAACUUGGCAAUUGUUUGCCGAUACUGGAAAAAUAAUAAAGUUGUGGAUAAUUUUUUGGGACUGGUUGAAUUGGAAAGCUCAACUGCACAAUCCAUAUUUAAUGUGUUAAAAGACAUUAUGGACACUUCACGUAUCCCAUACAAAAACUUGGUAGCUUUUGGAGCCGAUAACGCUGCAGUGAUGCAAGGAAGUAUAAAUGGUGUACAAGCACUUCUAAGAACCCUAUGUCCAAACAUAGUUGUAAUUGGUUGCAGUUGUCACUCGUUGCACUUAUGUACUAGCCAAGCUACAAAAAAGUUGCCAAGUACAAUUGAGCAAUUUACGAGAGACAUUUAUGCUUAUUUUGCACAUUCAUCAAAGAGGCUAAAUGAGCUAAAAGAGUGCCAAGUAUUUGCCAAUGAAAAACCACACAAAAUUUUACGCCCCAGUCAAACCAGAUGGUUAUCAUUGCAGGCAGUGGUUGAUCGAAUAUUGGAGCAAUGGAAUCCUUUAAAUUUAUACUUCCAACGUGCUUCUUUGGAAGAUAAUUUGCCAACAGCAAAGGCAAUAUUAAAUGCCCUUAGGAAUCCAAUUUAUAAAUUAUAUUUGUUAUUUUUGUCACAUAUUCUUUCAUUGAUUAAUAAGGUAAAUCUAGAUUUGCAAAGUGAGAAACCUAAGGCACCUAUAUUGUUGGAGGAACUACGCACUUUAUAUAAAACGAUUCUCAAAUAUUUUAUUAAAAAAGAGAUUUUGGAUAGGCAAGAAAUAAUCGAUAUCGACAUAAAAAAGCCAAGUAGUUAUAUUGAUAUUAAGUCGAUUUAUUUUGGUGCAAAUGCUGAACUAUAUCUGUCAAAUCUCAAUGAAAAUGAUAUUACUAAUAAUGAUUUGCAUUCCUUUAGAUUAAGAUGUUUAGAUUUUUAUAUAGAAUUAUGUACAGAAAUUAGAAGAAGGUUUAAUUUUAAGGACAAACAUUUAAAUUUUAUUAGUAACUUUGUACCUAAAGUUGCAUUAUCAGGGACAAAAUUAUCAUUAACUGAAGGAUUCACUUUGUUUCCAGACAUUAACCUGAAUUAUGACAUUGUAAACCAGGAAUGGCAAUUGCUUAGUGAAUCAAAAGAGUUGCACAAACAUUCCCAUAAUUUAGAAGAAUUUUGGUCCGCUGUUAAUGUAACAAAAAACGAAUUAGGUGAGCCUAUAUAUGGAAAUUUAAUGGAAUUGGUAACUGUAGGUUUAAUUACACCUCACUCUUCUGCAACGGUGGAACGAGUUUUCUCUCAGAUGUUCCUAAUUAAAACCGAUAUUAGAAAUUCAUUAUUAGUGGAAACUGUUGAAGCAAUUUUGCAUCUUCAAAUAUCAGUAAAACAAUCUGGAUCAACUAUGUUGUGGGAUCCUAGAACUUACAAAAUUUGUUAACAAAACAAUAUAUUGAAUUA